AGGAGGACUGUGCCAGGAAAGGUGCUGUGCCUCUGUCUUUUACCAUUUAAUUUCUAUAAAUAACUUCCCAAUUCCCACUAUCACUACCACUUCACUCAUCACAUCGACUUGCGGGGGGAAAAGCAAGUCAGUGAAACGGUAGCAAGCCAGUUCCCUCCUUGCGGCAUCAAGGACUCCCCACUUUUUAUCCAACGUCGCUGGGGAAAGGGAAGUAUGGAAGAAGAGAAUGUUUCAAAGGACUUCACUAAUAAGCAUAUCACAAUCGACAUUCCAGAGAAAUCGGAGCGUCCUAUAACGAAGCGUACACGGGCGCCCCCUGAUAGGCUUCCCAUCGUGACAAGUAAAGAGGAAUUGGAAUCGGAAUAUUCCUUUGAAAUAACUGGGAGUGCAGACCUGUCAGUUGAUAUGCCACGUAAGAAAGGGUAUGCGCCGGUGCCACGUAUGGAAGGGGGUGCAGAGCUGUCAGGUGAUAUGCCACGUAAGAAAGGGUAUGCGCCGAUGCCACGUAUGGAAGGCGGUGCAGAGCUGUCAGCUGAUAUGCCUGUGGGGUUUGCACCGGUGCCACGUAUGAAAUGGUGUGCAGAGCUGUCAGAUUAUAUGAUGUCAGCGCAUGUGAUGGUAGGGUGUGCACCGGUGCCACGUAUGAAAGGGAGUGCAGAGCCGUCAGAUUAUAUGAUUGCAGGGCCUGCACCGGUGCCACCUGUACCACAUAGCAAUAGUGAUCGGAUCAUCUACAAGGUUCCCAAUAAGCUCCGGAAGAUACGUCCAGCAGCUUACACUCCCCAACUAGUUUCAAUUGGGCCUUUUCACCAUGGCGUAUCAAACUUAAAGGCCAUGGAACAUUAUAAAGCCAAGUACAUGGAAAAAUUCCUAAGACGGCCCAUCUGUAAUCAUAUUAACGAGGAGGAUUUAAUCCAGGGUUUUUUCGAUAAAUAGCCACCUUACAACUCCAUUUUAGAAAAAUAGCAAAAAAAAAAAAAACUAGCCACCUUGGGACAAAAAUACCUUUGAUAAAAUUGAAAAUUAUGCAAAAGGUUUUUUUUUUACCCUUUCCUUUCUUCCUCUACACAGCCGUUCGUGAGGUUUCUACACAGCCGUUCGUGAGGUUUCUACACAGCCGUUCGUGGGGUUUCUCUAAGGUCACUCUUUGCAUCUCAUCGUAUCUCACUCUCAUUUUUUUGUAUUUUCUCAUAUCUCAAACUAAAAUCAGGUAAAAUUUUUAUCUUUUUUCUUAUUAGAUGAAAGUAAGGAAAUAUGUGUUUUUUUUUGUUUUUUCUCUUUCUCUUUUUUCUUGUAAUUUUUAUUAGUUUAGGGUUUUUUAAGCUUUUUAUUUGAUAUGGGUAUGCAAGAAAUUAAUUUAUGAGCUAUUAUAUGUGAUUUUAAAGAUAUUUAGGUGGCAUAUGGUUUGAAAAUGGGAGAAAUUUUGUUUAAAACUGAAAAAUCGCGAAAAACAGUAGAAACGGAGGAAAUUUGGCAAAAAAGAUGAACUUCCGCCAAUUUCCUCCAGUUUGUCAGUUUUCGCAAAAUUUCCGCCAGUUUUCCGCCAAUUUUCCGCCAGUUUUCCGCCAUUUUUCCGCCAUUUUUCUGCCAGUUUUCCGUCAAUUUUCCGCCAGUAGGAAAAAGCUAUAUUUGGCCCAAAAAAAAAAAACAGAAUCAACUUUUUUAAUACAGUUAAUAUGUUUGUUUAGUAUUAUUCAAAAUUUUAUAUAUUUAUUGAUUUAGUUUAAUGUUAUUCAUUUAAUUUUGUAGUAAAAUGGAAGAUGAUGACAUUGUAAUUGCGGUUUUAUACAAUGGAACAUUGGUACAAAAUGAUAGUGGUAAUUGGGAAUAUCGAAAUAGUAAAAAUAUAAUGGUUUUCGUCGGCAAGAGAUGCACAAAAUCAGAUUUAGAGGAUGAGAUUUUCAAUUCUAUUGAGAUAGAUCGAAAUGAAUAUUUGCUAAAGCUAAAAUGGAUAUAUGGACGAUGUGCAGAAAAGUUGGAUCCUACAGAAAUACGAUGUGAUAGGGAUGUGAAAUGCUUUCUUCAAGAAGUGAGGAAUGGAGGGAUGACAAUGAUGCGGCCUCCAUUGUAUGUUGAGGUGAUUUCGAAAGUUGAACAUGUAUGUAGAAAUGUUCAUCAAACAGCAUUUGCUUCGGAUAGUGGGAGUAAUCUUCAUUCUUUUUCUUGUCCUCCAAUUGGCGCUCGUCUACCACAAGCUUCCGGUACUAAACCUAUUCAGGCUACAUCUCAGGAAAUUAUGGUUCAAGAAACUCAGUUUAGAGAUCAAGUUGAUGUUCGUGGGGCCUGGACAUCAUUUAACAUCCAUGAAGGAGUUGAUGUUGGAGGUGACUAAGCUGAACGGUUUCCUAACGACGAGGAGUAUGAGCAGUUGCAUCAUAUUGAUCAUGAUGAGAAUUACAAUGCAGCAGGGGAUGAUGUUGAUCAUAAUGAUGUAGAUUUUGAUCAUGAGUUGCCGGACAAUGAUAAUGAUAUGCAUCCUGAAAUGAACAAUGAAGGAGUUGAUGAUGUUAGGGUUCAUCGUGCUACAAGUGACCACAUAUCAUCGAGCAACAGAAGUGGUUCUAUGGCCAUAUUUUUGUUAAAGUUCACUGGUUGUGAGAGCAUAGUAGUUGGACAAUUAUUUCGCAACAAACGUGACCUACAGAAUAAACUGAGUAUCUAUUGCAUGCGAGAAAAUAAGGAGUUCAAGGUGACACGGUCAACUACACAACGGUAUGAGGUUGUAUGCUUGGAAAAUACUUGUAGAUGGCGACUACGUGCAACCACAUUUAAAAAUGGAGAAAUAUUUGUUGUGAGAAUUUUUGAUAAUGUACACAGUUGCUCGUUAGAUAUUGUGCAUCGAGAACACAAGCAAGCCAGUAGCCGGGUUAUCGGGCAAUGUAUCAAAUCUAAAUAUAAAGGUAUUGCACGUGUUUACAAACCCAAAGAAAUUCAACAUGAUUUUUUGCAUAAAUAUGGGGUGAAUAUAAGCUACAACAAAGCAUGGAGAGGUAAAGAGUAUGCACUUAACAGUGUUAGGGGAUCUCCAGAGGAGAAUUUUGCUAAGUUACCUGCCUACUGUUAUGAGUUAGUGUCGAAGAACCCUGAGACUGUUACACAUAUCAAAACAGACGAUAAUAACAAUUUUGUAUAUUUCUUUAUGGCGAUUGGAGCAAGCAUUAGGGGAUUUAAAUCCCACAUAAGACCCGUGUUGGCUGUUGAUGCAACUACAUUGAAAGGGAAAUACAAAGGGUACAUGUAUAUUGCAUCGGGCAUGGAUGGCAAUAAGCAAAUAUGGACGCAUACCAUCCGAAGGUGAAGAUGUUAUUGGACGUAGAUGUAGCCGAUGUGGUGGUGUUGGACAUUAUAGGCAGAGAUGUACGAAUCCAUUGUCUUAUGCUUCGAAUUAGAAAGUUUUAAUUUAGUGUUAUGGUUUAAUAUGUUUUGAUAAUUAUUUCAUAUAUUGGAUAUAAUAUUUUGUACU